CUGCGCUUCUGCGUGCAGCUCCGGCUCCACUUUCACUUUCGGUCCCGGGGCGGCCAAGGCAGGCAGCAGCGGCGUGGUCCCCGAGCCCCAGCCUGCAGAUCUACUCUGUGGGGAAGCGAGAGGCAGUUCAAGCAAGAUGAUAUCUCUGUCCAUCAAACGGCCCCUUGUCACCAUGUCCUUUCUGCUUUCAUCACUGUUGAUGCUCUUAACUGUGGCAACUCCAUCCUGGUGUCAGAGCAGUGAAACGACAUCUCCAAAGGCUAAUAACAGGGCACCAUUUCCUUGGAAUAAAAUGCGACUUCCUGAGCACAUCACCCCAGUUCAUUACGAUCUCGUGAUUCAUGCCAACCUCAUCACUCUGACUUUCGGGGGAACCACGGAAAUAGAAAUCACAGCCAGCAAGCCCACCAGUACCAUCAUCCUGCAUAGUCACCACCUGCAAAUAUCUAAGGCCGCCCUGAGGAAGGGAGCUGGUGAGAGGCAGUCUGAAGAGCCGCUGAGAGUCCUGGAAUACCCGCCUCAAGAGCAAAUUGCAUUCCUGGCUCCUGAGCCCCUGGUGGUUGGGCUCCCAUACACCAUUGUCAUUGACUAUGCUGGCAAUCUUUCUGAGAGUUUCCAUGGAUUUUAUAAAAGCACCUACAGAACCAAGGAAGGGGAAGUGAGGAUACUUGCAUCAACACAGUUUGAACCGACUGCAGCCAGAAUGGCCUUUCCCUGCUUUGAUGAACCUGCUUUCAAAGCGAGUUUUUCAAUCAAGAUCAGAAGGGAACCAAGACACCUCGCCAUCUCCAACAUGCCACUGGUUAAAUCUGUGACUGUUGCUGAAGGACUCAUAGAAGACCAUUUUGACGUGACUGUGAAGAUGAGCACCUACCUGGUGGCCUUCAUUGUUUCAGAUUUUAAGUCUGUCAGCAAGAUGACCAAAAGUGGCGUCAAGGUUUCCGUAUAUGCUGUUCCAGACAAGAUAAAUCAGGCAGAUUAUGCACUGGAUGCCGCGGUGACUCUUCUAGAAUUUUAUGAGGAUUAUUUCAGCAUUCCAUAUCCCUUAUCCAAACAAGAUCUUGCUGCUAUUCCUGACUUUCAGUCUGGUGCUAUGGAAAACUGGGGACUGACAACAUACAGGGAAUCUUCUCUACUGUUUGAUGCUGAAAAGUCUUCUGCAUCAAGUAAGCUUGGCAUCACGAUGACUGUGUCCCAUGAACUCGCCCACCAGUGGUUUGGGAACCUCGUCACUAUGGAAUGGUGGAAUGAUCUUUGGCUAAAUGAGGGAUUUGCCAAGUUUAUGGAGUUCGUGUCUGUCAGUGUGACUCAUCCAGAACUGAAAGUUGAAGAUUAUUUCUUUGGUAAGUGUUUUAAUGCUAUGGAGGUAGAUGCAUUAAACUCCUCACACCCUGUGUCCACACCUGUGGAGAAUCCUGCUCAGAUUCGGGAGAUAUUUGAUGAAGUUUCUUAUGAAAAGGGAGCCUGUAUUCUGAAUAUGCUAAGGGAUUAUCUUGGUGCCGAUGCAUUUAAAAGUGGUAUUGUAAAGUAUCUGCAGAAGUAUAGCUAUAAAAACACAAAAAACGAGGACCUUUGGAAUAGUAUGGCAAGUAUUUGCCCUACAGAUGGCACACAACAAAUGGAUGGAUUUUGUUCUAGAGGUGAACAUUCAUCUUCAUCUUCGCACUGGCGACAGGAAGGCCUUGAUGUGAAAACCAUGAUGAACACCUGGACGCUUCAGAAGGGCUUUCCCCUGAUAACCAUCACAGUGAGAGGGAGGAACGUACACGUGAAGCAAGAGCACUACGUGAUAGGCCCGGACGACGCCCCAGAAACUGGGUACCUGUGGCAUGUCCCAUUGACAUUCAUUACCAGCAACUCAGACUCAGUCCAGCGAUUUUUGCUGAAGACAAGAACAGAUGUGCUCAUCCUCCCAGAAGAGGUGGAAUGGAUCAAAUUUAAUGUUGGAAUGAAUGGCUAUUACAUCGUGCAUUAUGAGGAUGAUGGAUGGGAUUCUUUGACUGGCCUUUUAAAAGGAACACACACGGCAAUCAGCAGUAGUGAUCGGGCCAGUCUCAUUAACAAUGCAUUUCAGCUUGUCAGCAUUGGAAAGCUGUCCAUUGAAAAAGCCUUGGAUUUAAGCUUGUACUUGAAACAUGAAACUGAAAUCAUGCCAGUGUUCCAAGGUUUGAAUGAACUGAUACCUAUGUAUAAGUUAAUGGAGAAAAGAGAUGUGAAUGAAGUGGAAACUCAGUUCAAGGCCUUUCUCAUCGGGCUGCUGAGGGACCUCAUUGAUAAGCAGACUUGGACGGAUGAGGGCUCCACCUCAGAGCGAAUGUUGCGGAGUCAGCUGCUCCUGCUGGCCUGUGUGCGCAAGUACCAGCCCUGUGUGCAGAAGGCAGAAGGCUAUUUCAGACGGUGGCAGGAAGCCAAUGGGAAUUUGAGCCUGCCCAGCGAUGUGACCUUGGCAGUGUUUGCUGUAGGGGCCCAGAACCCAGAAGGAUGGGAUUUUCUUUAUAGUAAAUAUCAAUCGUCAUUGUCCAGUACUGAGAAAAACCAAAUUGAAUUUGCUCUCUGUAUUACCCACAAUAAAGAAAAGCUUCAGCGGCUACUAGAACAAAGUUUUAAGGGAGAUACAAUAAAAACUCAAGAGUUUCCAGAUAUUCUUAGAGCUAUCGGCAGAAACCCAGUGGGAUAUCCAUUGGCCUGGCAGUUUCUGAGGGAAAAUUGGAAUAAACUUGUACAAAAGUUUGAACUUGGCUCAAAUUCCAUAGCCUACAUGGUAAUGGGAACAACAAAUCAAUUCUCGACAAGAGCACGGCUUGAAGAGGUAAAAGAAUUCUUCAGCUCUUUGAAGGAAAAUGGGUCUCAGCUCCGUUGUGUCCAACAAACAAUUGAAACCAUUGAGGAAAACAUACGUUGGAUGGAUAAGAAUUUUGAUAAAAUCAGAGUGUGGCUACAAAAUGAAAAGCUUGAGCUGCUGUAACAAUCCGUUCCUUGUUGGUUCCUGUGAUGUGUAAUCUCCAACAUUUUAUUGAAUGUGAAUAUUUUCAAAAUAGAGAUGGUUGUCUUGGCUCCCAGUGAAGAUA